GGGCCCGCCCGGGGCUUGGCGUCACGUGACGCGCUCCUCUGGCCCUACCCGCCCCCCCCUUUCCCUUUCCCCUCGCCCGCCGCUGUCACGUGCGCGGCGCCGGCGCGCGCUCUUGCGCCCCUCAGGCCCCUUGACCGUGGGGGCUGGGCGCCGGGCGGCCGUUAACGGUCCUAACGGCCCUAACGGCUCUGGCACCUCGGAGACAGCGGGAGCGCCCGGCCCGCCGGGCGGAGCGGCCGCGGGAAGCCCGCCGGGGGAAUGUCGCCGGGGCCGGAAAUGUCAUCUUACUUGUAGAAACGUCAUGACACACAGCAGCAUCAUGGUGGAUGUAGGCAAGUGGCCAAUAUUUACCUUACUGUCACCUCAAGAAAUAGCAUCUAUUCGGAAAGCAUGUGUAUUUGGUACAUCAGCCAAUGAAGCUAUAUACAUAACGCACAAUGAUGAGGUAUUUGUUUUUGGACUGAAUUGCAAUAAUUGUUUGGGAACCGGAGAUAAUCAGAGCACAAUAGUACCAAAGAAGUUAGAAGCCUUAUGUGGAAAGAAGAUUUCCAGUCUCAGUUAUGGAAGUGGACCCCAUGUUGUACUUUGCACUGAAGAUGGUGAAGUAUAUGCUUGGGGACAUAAUGGUUACAGCCAACUUGGGAAUGGCACAACCAAUCAGGGCAUUACUCCUGUUCAAGUUUGCACAAAUCUGUUAAUAAAGAAAGUGGUGGAAGUAGCUUGUGGCUCUCAUCAUUCCAUGGCGCUGUCGUUUGAUGGGGAUCUGUACGCUUGGGGCUAUAAUAGCUGUGGUCAAGUUGGAUCUGGAUCUACAGCAAACCAGCCAACUCCUCGUAGAGUUUCGAACUGUUUGCAGGGUAAAAUGGUAGUUGGCAUUGCUUGUGGUCAGACUUCCUCCAUGGCUGUGGUAAACAAUGGUGAGGUUUAUGGCUGGGGUUACAAUGGUAAUGGUCAGCUAGGUCUUGGAAACAAUGGCAAUCAACUAACGCCAUGCAGAAUAGCAGCGUUACAUGGCGUGUGUAUACUCCAGAUUGCCUGUGGCUAUGCGCACACACUAGCACUAACAGAUGAGGGUUUGCUCUAUGCCUGGGGAGCUAACACUUAUGGGCAGCUGGGAACUGGCAAUAAAAGUAACCAGCUAAGCCCAGUGCAGAUCAUGAUGGAAAAAGAAAGGGUUGUGGAGAUUGCAGCCUGCCACUCUGCUCACACGUCGGCUGCCAAGACGCAGAGCGGCCAGGUGUACAUGUGGGGCCAGUGCCGCGGGCAGUCGGUGAUCCUGCCCCACCUCACUCACUUUGCCUGCACUGACGAUGUGUUUGCUUGCUUUGCUACCCCUGCCGUUAUGUGGAGGCUUCUGUCAGUAGAGCAUGAAGACUUUUUAACAGUAGCGGAGUCUCUGAAGAAAGAGUUUGACAGCCCAGAAACUUCAGACUUAAAGUUCCGUGUGGAUGGCAAGUACAUCCAUGUCCACAAAGCUGUGCUGAAAAUCAGGUGUGAACACUUCAGAACCAUGUUCCAGUCAUACUGGAAUGAGGAUAUGAAGGAAGUGAUAGAAGUAGACCAAUUUUCUUAUCCUGUGUAUCGUGCCUUUCUUGAGUACUUGUAUACAGACAGUGUUGACCUUCCGCCUGAAGAUGCAAUAGGGCUUUUGGAUUUGGCUACUUCGUACUGUGAAAACAGACUGAAAAAACUGUGUCAGCACAUUAUCAAGCGAGGAAUUACUGUGGAAAAUGCAUUUUCGUUGCUCUCUGCUGCGGUCAGAUACGAUGCAGAGGACUUAGAGGAAUUCUGCUUUAAGUUUUGUGUCAAUCAUUUGACCGAAGUGACGCAAACUACAGCAUUUUGGCAAAUGGACGGUCCCCUGCUAAAGGAAUUCAUUGCUAAAGCCAGUAAAUGCGGAGCCUUUAAGAACUGAAGUGAGGCUGGGGGCUCCUCCAACAAAGAUGCAUUUGAAAUGUUUCAGGAAAACAUCUCUGAAUUACACGCUUAAGAGCCAAUUCGCAAGCUUAAUGGAUUUUAGCCAACGACAACAAAAUUAAACCCGAAAAGACGACUGCGUUCAACAGCUUAGGUUCUCAAAAACCAGACAAGAGCACCUAAUGUUCCCGCUUCUGGAAAAAAAUAAGUUAUUUCCAGUAUGCUGAUGGGAUUAACCAAGUUCUUUAUUUGCAAAGCUCUCCCCGCCCGCAUUGCUGCUGCCAAAGACGGUGGAAGUCAGCGGGAGCUCCGUGAGGGGCCUCACAGGCCGUCAGCACAACCCGAUAGUAGCUCCGGAUGUUUUACCCCUUUUUCAUUCCGAAUUACAGAUCUUGAACCAUCCUUAACUGAGAUUUUUAUAAAACCCAAACCAAACCAAACAAGCCUUUGGCCUUCUCUUCCCCGCUGCUUCUUCCUCGUCGCGCAGGAAGCCCGUCGCUGCGGGGGUCUGUGUGUGUGUGUGCACACACUGUUACAACGCGUUUCGACGGACGUUGCCCACCCAGGUUGAGUGUGGAUGCUGGAAAAGGGGCAGCGCCUGUUGAAAACCCUGGGCAGCAAUUCAGGAAAGAGGGACUUGACGCUUCACCCUCGCUCCGACCGAAUAAAAAGCAGAUGACCUUCUCUCCUCUCCCUCUCCCUCUCCCUCUCCCUCUCCCUCUC